AUGAAGAACGAGCUUGAUAAACAAUUUAGCAUCAAAGAUCUAGGGGGUCUUAAAUACUUUCUUGGCAUCGAGGUAGUUCGUACUUCCGAAGGCCUUGUCUUGAGCCAAAGGAAGUAUACCCUAGAUAUUCUCGAAGAUUGCGGGCUACAAGGUUGCCGACCCAGCUCGUUUCCUAUUGAACCGAACUUGAAACUUGAUAAGGGAGAGACAGAACAAAAGAUUGGCAACAGUUUGUACCGUCGGAUGGUGGGACGCUUACUUUAUUUGCAAGCUACCAGACCCGACAUCACAUAUGCAGUUAAUGUCUUGAGCCAGUUCGUUAGUGACCCGAGGCAAAACCAUUUGAAUGCUGCUCAUCGUGUGCUCCGUUACCUUAAAGCUACGGUAGGACAAGGCAUCCUUUUACCACGAUCCGGAGGGUAUAAUCUCACGGCAUACUGUGACUCCGACUGGCUCGGAUGUCCUUUUACGAGACGGUCAAGAACAGGAUACCUACUCCUCCUUGGAGGUGCUCCGGUCUCAUGGAACACUAAGAGGCAAUCGGUCGUUUCUCGUUCUUCCGCUGAAGCAGAAUAUCGUUCCAUGGCCUCUACCGUCAGCGAAGUUCUAUGGAUGCGAUGGCUUUUACAAGAGUUAGAUAUUCCACCCAAAGGUCCAACUCCUCUAUUUUGUGAUAACCAAGCCGCUAGACACAUCGCCAAUAAUCCGGUCUUUCAUGAAAGGACUAAACAUGUGGAGAUGGAUUGUUAUUUUUUUUCGUGA